AGAUGCUUUAGUUUCUGUGCACACAGCUGACAUUCCAGCUAUGCCCCUCCUCAAUGGGGAGUGGGAAUAUGCAUCAGACAAACCCAAUCCUAAAGGGACCUCUCAGUGGGUACACAUAGAACUGCCUUUGAACAAGUCUCCAUCACUGUCUCAAAAAAGCAGCAUCCCAAGCCAGGGACUGAGUGGAAGAUACUGAAGCCGUACCUAGGGAAGCCAAGGGACAGUCUCUCUGGGGGCGUGUGCUUGGGAUGUUCCAUAAAAAUGUCAGAAACAAAAAGGAAAACCACUAGUGUUUCUCUGACCAUCAGUUCCCCAGUCCAUGAAGGCUCUGAUGGCUAUAUGGCCCGUCCCAGUUUCUCCACCUUAGUUCAACCAUUGUCUAUGGAUCUCCAGAGGAUGCCAAGCCCCUGCAGCAGCUUAUCUGGAUCCACCUGUGGAGCACCUCCCAUCUUUACCAAGCUUUUGCAAGACAUCACAGCAACCAAGGGCCAGUUUGUUGUGUUUGAAUGUCGAGUCCAGAACACAGGGGCUGUUCAAGUUCAUUGGUACAAAGGUGAAGAACAAAUAGUGGACUCAGAUGACUUCCGGAUUCUCAGGAAAAAAGCCUGCUUAUCAGCUGUUCCAGAGGAGGUUUGCACUUUGGUUAUGACAGAAGUUUUUCCAGAAGACUCUGGCGAGUUUAAGUGCAUUGCAGAAAAUGAGGCAGGAACUACAUCUUCUAGUGCUUGGCUUUCUGUUUCCCCAGGAGAAGAAAUGGAAAAAAUUGAGGAUUCUCUGCAGACACCAAAAAGACAAGCUUUCCUGAAACCUUCCUCUUACCCCUGGACCAGAGAAAGCCCUGCAAAGGAAAGAGAUACAGACACUGAAACACCUGCUGACCAGGAAUGCUCCAUUCCCAUGGAAGAUAUCCACUUCCUCAAUGACAGUUCAUCAGAACUAUCUUCCCAUUGGUGAGGGCAGAAAGACUUAAAACUUUGCAAUAUGGCAAAUAUUGAUCAAUUCUAAACCCAUUUCUGAGGUUCUGAAAACAAUCUCUUCCCUGUUAGCUGCACUAAAGGAAAAGUUUAUUGUAGGAACAUGUUGAGAUCAGGAAAUUCUCAGAUUCCAAAACAGAAUUCUGAGUGUGCAUUUUUUUUGUCAUGAAAAUAAGGCUGGCAUUUUCCUUGAUAACAAACCUAUCUUUCUUCAUGACUCAAGUUCAUUGCCCUUUUCUAUUGCCACCAUUUAGAGGGCAAUGAAAAGGCUUCAUUCCAGUCAUUGAUUUUAAAAACCAGCUUUCAUUACAAAAACACAGGCGAAACUUAGAAAACCCUAAACUAAAACAGAAAAUUAACAAAAAUGUGAAGCUAUAAAUCCUUCUGAAGGAUUUCAUAUAAUACAAUAGGGUGAGCACACUAAAAUAUUUUAGUAUUCUGAAGAAAGUUAACCCUUUCUUAACUGCUAAAUAAAUACUUUUACUCCUAGGGGAUACUUAGUACAUCUGUAGUUAGGUGGCACAGUAGAUACAGCAGCAGGUCUGGAGUUAGGAAGACCCAAGUUCAAAUUCAGCCUCAGAUACUUUAUUAGCUAUGUGACCUUGGGUAAGUCACUUACCCCUGUUUGCUUCAGUUUGUUUAUCUAUAAAAUGAACUGAAAAAUGAUAUGGCAAGUCACUCCAGUGGUUUUGCUAAGGAAACCCCAAAUGAAGUCACAAAGAAUCAGACAUGAGUGAAAUGACCAAACAGUAUCUAUGCAGAGUAUUUAUGGGGAGGAAAGAACAGGAAGGUCUUCUUCAUUUGAUUUUUGAAGAUUCUCUACACUAUCCCACCUCACAAAUCUCAGUUUUUCAACUUACCACUUACAUGGGUAGGCAAGUUAUACUAGGCAAGUGAUUAGCCUCCCUGAGCCUAAGUUUCUUUAUCUGGCAAUGAAAAUAACAAUACUUGCAUUCUCUACCUUAAAGGAAUCUUAUGAGGAAAGCACUUUGUGAACUUUCAAGCAUUUCAGAAAUGUGACCCCUUCAAUCACAAAUUACAGUGUGACAACUUGUUGAACAUUAAAAAAAAAAAGACCAAAGUUUCAAUCUCUAAUCCUUUAAUACCCAACAAUGGCCAUCUUCUAAUUCCAAUUCCUAAAGCAAAAAUGGGGGAGUGAACGAGUCUCAUCACAUGUUUGAACUCUGACAUUUAAAGAAACUUGCUGCCCUAUUUUUAAAAUAGCAUAUACACUUUAAGUAUUGAACAGAUCAACAACUGUAUAUGAAGGGAUGAGUGACAUUGAGCAGCUGUUAGACUUAAGAGUUCUUAGAGCUAGAAGGCCCUUAAAGGUCAUCUAGUUCAACUUUUUCAUUUUAUAGAGAAGGAAACUAUGAGACCUAAAGAGAGAAAUUAACACAAUACAAGAAUGACAGAAAUGGCAUAAGAACCCACGCCUCCUAACUCAUUCAAACGGUGCAAUAAGAAAAACUUCAGUUAGAUAUUAGGGGGAAAGUUCAAUAUUGUGAGGUACUGGGUGCUUUAGCAAUGGAGUCCCUCUAGGUUCCUUCUUGAGGUGUUGAGAAAAGUAGAGACAGGUAUGUUCUGGGGCUGUGCCUGAUUUUUACCAAGGCUCUUCCUGCCUCCUUAAACCAGCAAUAAAAAGGUUCAAACAACCCAGUUUGCACAUGGAAACCUAAAAUCUUUCAAAUAAGCAAAGUAAAUAUAAAUACACAUAAAGCAGCUACAAUAAAGAUUUAGGUAAAUACAUACAUAAUGCAUUCAUAAUAUGUUAUUAAAAAAUAAGCAGCUUGGGAUAUGAUUCCUAAUUUUUAAAGAUGUGGUCAUUAAAAAUGACCUUGACAUCCAACCCAAACCCUUUCUUCCCUACCUUAUAUCCUGUUUACAUAUAUAUAUAUAUAUCCCUGUUUUUCCUGUCAGAAAUAGACUCCUAAGCUGAAAGGGGUAUCCAACUGAUUCAGUUCUUCAUUCUUAUGUCUUAAAAAGAGCAGUAAUGGGUUUGGGAGGUGGCAAAGGAGGGAGGGAAGACUAUAACUUUCUGUCAAGUGUGUAUGGAACAUGUUUUCAAGGAUGAUCCUUUAUCUUUGACUCACCUCUUCCUCUCUCUUUUCUCUCCAACUUGGGACACCCCAAUUCCCUUAGGUUCUCUCCUUCCUUCACCUAUUAAAAACUAAUAUCAGGAAAAGCUCUGAAAUUGUUCCUAUACAUCAGAGCAAAGGAAGGGUUUGUAGGAAGAAAGUGCAAAGGAAGGAAAGGGUUCUUCCACAUUUAAGUUUGGAAAGAAAUUAACUCAAAUUGUCAGCCUGAAAGUUUUAUUCACAGUAGAAUUUCAAGAUCAAUAAGGAAGAGAGGAGAGAUAUGGUCGGGAAGGGUUAUGACCCCUUCCCUGUCUACCUAAAAUCAUACCCAAAGCAGUAAACCUAUUGCAUUUACUCAUAAAGUUAACUUUGCAUACUUUCUCAAGUGCAUUAUGGCUGCAUGCCCAGAUCACACACUUCAGACUUUUCUUGAACAUAAAGACCUUAGGUCUUCCUUCUGGGUCUCAGUUUUCCCACAUGUUGAGAAAGGGGAAAGUAUAUAAGGUAACUUCAAGAUAAAAGAUUCUAUAACUUUUUUAUAACUAUAUGAAAACCUAUGUGCAAACCACUGGGUAUGCUAACUUUUUAAAUUCCAUUUUCUAUUUGUUACAUUUUCCAUUAAGACUGUCAUACCAGUGAGAGGCUGAAACAGAUGGGUUUUUACAAAUGGAAGUUAGUAUGCAAAGAUAACCCCACUGGUCUAAUUCUGUCUUCUCACCUUCCAUCCUCCUGUGAAUAUUCAGAGUUUCUUUUUCAGUUCUAAGAUCAAAAGGGAGAGGCAGAAAAAAACAGUAGUUCAGGGAAGAAAUUCCAGUAAAAAGAUGAAUGGGCUGUCACAGUUCAGCCUUCAUUAUAAAGUUUAUUUUUUUUUAAAUCCUAGAUGUGCUUCUUAUCAUCUAUGUGACCUUGGGUAAUUUUCUUCAUUGGGCCUUG